AUCUGAUACCACUAGAAAUGCACGACAUGUUCGGAUCAGUCCGGCGAUCUCUGGUUUUUCGUGCUGYAGAYAGCGYCGMUCCCGRAACCCUAGUCGACAAAAUCAAUUCAUGUAUCCGCAAGUCCAGAGUUUUCUCUAGACCUUCUUCAUUUCUGUCUUCACCCCCGAAGGUGGUCAAAGAGAAUGAUGCACAAGUGCCUACUAUCCGGUGGCGUAAGGGUGAAUUGAUCGGGUGCGGGGCGUUUGGCCAUGUGUAUAUGGGCAUGAAUCUCGAUUCUGGAGAGCUUCUUGCUGUUAAACAGGUUUCAAUUGCUGCCAACGGUGCUUCAAAGGAGAAGACUCAGGUUCACAUAAGGGAGCUCGAAGAAGAAGUAAAGCUUCUUAGGAAUCUUUCUCAUCCAAAUAUUGUUAGAUAUCUAGGAACAGUACGAGAGGAGGAAACCUUAAAUAUUCUUUUGGAAUUCGUUCCUGGAGGAUCAAUCUCAUCUCUUUUAGGGAAAUUUGGACCCUUCCCUGAAGCGGUCAUACGAAUGUACACAAAACAAUUGUUAUUGGGGCUUGAUUACUUGCACAAGAAUGGCAUUAUGCACAGGGAUAUUAAGGGGGCAAACAUCCUUGUUGACAAUAAAGGAUGCAUUAAACUAGCUGAUUUUGGUGCAUCAAAGCAAGUUGUUGAGCUGGCUAAUGGAUCAGGUGCCAAGUCAAUGAAGGGAACACCAUAUUGGAUGGCUCCUGAAGUUAUACUUCAGACUGGUCAUAGCUUCUCUGCUGACAUAUGGAGUGUCGGGUGUACGGUGAUUGAGAUGGCGACGGGGAAGCCUCCCUGGAGCCAACAAUACCAAGAGGUUGCGGCUCUCUUUUAUAUCGGUACUACAAAGUCUCAUCCUCCUAUUCCUGAGCAUCUCUCUCUUGAGGCACAAGAUUUACUGCUGAAAUGCUUACACAAGGAACCUGAGCUGAGGCCAUCUGCUUCAGAUUUACUUCAGCAUCCUUUUGUUACCGGGAAAUCUCAGCAUGAUUCAUUUAUUGCUACUUCUACAAUGGAAAAUAUUGAAGCUCCUUCCUCUUCCUGCACAAACACUUUGGAUCAUUCCCCUGGUUCCCUUGAUGUAUGUAAUCUGGGUACUCUAAACUUCUCUACUGUAAAUUCUGGGAAAUUUAAAGAAAGUAAACAUGAGUGGGGAGCAGAAAACAGUGAUAAUGACAUGUGUCAGAUAGACGGAGAUGAUUUUAUGGAGGGUGAAGGAGUAAAGUUGAGAUCUGUUUCAAUGCUUGAUGACUUCAAUAAGAGUUUGAACCCUGUGGAAGAACCUUCUGUUGAUGAUGCUUACGGACUGCAAGGGGGAGCAACCUUGGACAAUGAACAACAUUUAGAUGGACUUGUGGGUAACAUGAUCAAAUCUCCUACUGACAGCUGUACUUCAUUUCAAUUUGGCCGAUCCCUAUCUGAGGACGACGACGAGCUUACCGAAUCUAAAAUAAGAGCUUUUCUGGAUGAGAAGGCAUUAGAACUGAAAAGACUUCAAACACCUUUAUACGAAGAGUUCUACAACAGCGUGGUUCCUUCCUGCUCCAUGGACAACGUUGAAGUGGCAGGCAAUGGAGGUGGUCCUAAUUACUUGAAACUGCCACCAAAAAGCAGGUCUCCUAAUCGAUUCCCACUUGGUACUCCCUAUAAAGCAGUUGAUGCUGCAAGUAAUGCAAGCCCUGGGAGUGGAAGCCGACGCACGUCGAAUGUGAGUGGUGAAGAAAGUGCUCAUAGUCCGAUGGACCUUCCAUCACCACAGUGCAAUGAUAUGAUUGGGGCGGAAUCUCAACAAGAAGCAACUAGUCCUGGUGUGAACUUCUCCGAAGUACAGAGAAAGUGGAAGGAGGAGCUCGACCAAGAGCUUGAGAGAAAACGAGAGAUGAUGCGGCAAGUAGGUGUUGGAGGAAAGACGUCAUCACCGAUAGAUAGAGGAUCAAAUCGAGCGAGAGAUAAGUCGAGAUUUGCGUCUCCAGGAAAAUGAGUGUGUUUUGUGUAAUGGGGAUUGAAAGGAGAAUAAGCAUAUUUUCAAAAUAGUGUUUGAAAAUGGCAGCUUUCAUUCAUUCCUAUAUGUGUUUCAUAUUUCAGUUGUGAUUUGUAUAACUCAUAUAGCCCACUCUUCUUCUA